CUAGUCAUAGAACGACAGCGGCAACGCAGGAUAAGUCGGAAGAGGAAUGGUGUCCAUGUCUGUAGACGCCUUCCGUCGCGAGGGACUAGAGGAUCUUUAAGUGGUGAUAGACAACAUUCCUUAAUGCAAGUUCCCGAGUUCACAGAGGAUCAUCCUUAUUGGGGCACCUUACGACAGUCCCAAAUACUCGAUCCGAAGUUCGAUGCAGUUAAUGCUAUUGAGAAAAGGCAUUCGCCUAAACAUCGCGCCUACCUUCAAACUCUUUAUGAGGAUAGUUCUCCAACUCAAGGGCCGGAACGUGGUGAUCAAAAAGCUAGAGGUCGGCGACGGAAGGGCAUGAGUGUUGUGGGGCGGAGUCGAGCAAGUAGAGCCCAAGAGAAACGAUUUGGUCUUGCAGACCCUAUCGUUUGGGAUGCUAUCAGCAGGUCACUCGACCAGCAACGACGAUUAUCUUCCAUUAUUGUACCGGAGGAAGCCGGACUAAACCCUAUUCAAGAGUUAGACAUCCCUUCUCGGACCUCGAGCCAGCGCAAAGCUCUAGAUCGCUUCACAAGGCAACUUGGGAAAUAUGCGGAUGUCGCUAAAGCAGCUGGUAAAGUUCCAAUUAUGACUCCCACUGAGUCCGAGUCAAAGAUAUCGUAUCAUACUGUCCAGCAAUUGCUGCCAUACCAGAAGGAAUUCCAAGCUGCCGGUCUUGCUGUGACAUCUAUAGAACAGAGCCAGGGUUCGCCGCGGAAACUAAGGAGUAAACAAGCGCCUAUGAAUUACGCACUAAAAACAACGGCGGUACCAUUGCAGAUGGUCAGUGAAUAUGAUGGGCAAGAUGAUGACACCGACGAACAAUCAUGUUCCACCUCCGGAUCAUUCGUCGAAUUUACCCCAGCCGAUCAAUUAAUCCAGAUAUUCCCGAGUCCAAAGUCCAAAUCGAAGCAGGAGAUAUCAUCUAAGGAGAAAAGGGGCAUUUUCCCAUGGUUAAAAAAGAAACCAUCAUCCAAGGAUGUUCAUGGUAUUCAGCAGGAACAGCAGCAAACAAGACCUUCCGCCAGGGAUAGACGAAUUCAAAGCAGGAUAAAAACGAUAGACCCUCAACACCCACAGGAUUGUCGCGGCUUGCGUCCGCGCCGCACUCCCCACGUCCGAGUCGCUAAUGUUACGACGCCUAUGACACAAUCCCCGAAGUCAACGAAACCGGCAGUCAACAUUACUACCCCUCAAAUGCCACCAUCUGGCGCAUCGCCUUCUUCUGGGGCGAAACAAAGUGGCUAUAGAAAACGCCCUGUACCGAUGGAUUUGGGAGCUAACCCGGGUAAACCAUCGGAGGGGCAUACCGGCUUGAGAAAGCGAGAUGUAGCUAUACGUCGUCCACCCCGCCCUGAAACCAUUGAGGAAGAAGAAAUGGAAGCAUCACCAAUUCAUGCUAAUCAGAAGACAAUUCAGAUAUAUCCACUUCCUAAAUCAAGCGAUGCGCAAGCUCUUACCCCUCCAACCCAUAAACAGAUUCAACAAGUGUCACCCCACACGACCCCUUCCACGGUUCCUUCACUGCCAUACCCGGCGCGGUUUGCUGUGAGCCGACCUUCGUCGUUAGAGCGGGCACUAGAUGAGGUUUCUCUACAGCUUGAACAGAUGGAAAGGGAAGCGGAUAGAUCGACACAAUUAUUCACCCGUCCUCCUACCUUAAUAGAGAAGACAAAUAGAACCGAGUCGCAUCCUUCUCCGCGACACUCAGGUCAUCAGGAUACCGAGAAUGCUCUUCCACGUUGGCCUCGAAAGAACGAAGAGGUCAUAUAUGUCAACCGGAGGAUGCCUUCAAUUCAGUCGCCAGUACCAAAACGAAAACUGAAGAUACCUUCAUCGCCGCCUUCGCCUAAAACUAGAGAUCCUCCAGCCCCACCUCGGAAACAGCGACAAUCCAGUUCUCCAGAGGACAAAAAGUUACCUACGGUACCGCAUACGGAGGCUAUUCUGAAUGAUUUGGAUAUCUUCUUCGAUUAUGACGAUGCGGAUAUCAACGACAGAGAUGUCAUCAAAGGGCUUCAGGUGGCUAUACAUGCAGCAGCUGAUAACGCGUAUGAUGCAUUUAUACGGGACAAAACAGGAUUAAGGAUUCGGCGGUUCUUGGCAGAUUUGAGAGCGGUCGGUGAGAUGCAAGAAGAAAACCCGACUAAUAAAGUUGCGGGAGAUCGUCACAUAUAGGAUUAGUAGGCCUCGAGGAUUAUACCCUUCAACAAUUUGCUUAUGUCGGCCGUCAGACUCACGAGCUGUAAAAUUGUAAGGUGUCUAAGAGAACUUGCUCUUAGUAUGCACAUGCAGUUAUGGCUAGAAAAUGAUACU